AAAAGCUGUAAUUAACAGUUACCUUUUUUUGCACUUUUUGUAAAUGCGAGCAUUUUGUAAAUUUCUUUUUCGUCCCCUUGUGCUUGUACUUGCUGUUAAAUUUACAAAAUGGAACGCUAUAAUCGCGCCUGGAGAGAUCCCGGUUCUCCACUGACGCCAUUGACGCCCCUAAGCACCCAGGCGUUCACCUUUGAGACCACCGAGGACAGCGUCACGCCUACUGGGCCUCGGGGCUCUAAGACCUGCACCAGGACCGGUCUUUUUGGUAUCCCCAAAGCCAGUCAUCAUCUCCAGGUGCCAGGACGUCGGCCAGCCACGUCUGCGAAAAGUUUAACAGGAAGUCGCCGUCAGCCAACGCGUUUUUCGCAGGCAUUUAUGCGCACGCGAUCCGUGUUUUCACCCUCAAGUCAGAGCACCCUCUAUGGGGAAAGGUCCAUUCCGGUUGACCCAAAAUCACGGACAAUGCAGGAGAGCCGGGUGAAGCCAGAAGUCCGGGUGAAGUCAGAAUUCCGGGUGAAACAGGAGUCAAGCAAGGUGAAAAAAGAGGACACAGUCCGGAGUCCCAUCCAUCAGCGCUUCAAGCACGGCUCCCCGGUGGAGCAUCCUUCGCUGAGCCCUCGGGUGAGAUCUCUGCUAAAUCGCACAGGCAAUGAGCAUCUCACGGAACUGUUCACCCGCCAGGAGAUCGACAUCGAGGUGCUCAUCCAUAUGACUCUGGAGGAUCUGGCUGCGCUGGGCGUUCGCGGUGCCCGAGAGAUUAAAGUAGCCAUGCAAAUCAUUCAGCUGGCCAAACAAUUCUUUUAAUUUGUUUUUGUCCUGUCAAUUUUAAUUAAUUUUUUAAUGUUC